UAUAUAUAUAUAUAUAUGUAUGUGUACUUCAGAGAGUAUAAAGGUGUGUCCUCUUCAGUCUAACACACGUCACAAGGUGCUGGUGAUGGAGUAUUGUCCCUGUGGAAGUCUCUACACCGUCUUAGAGGAAUCCUCCAACGCGUACGGACUCCCUGAGGACGAGUUCCUCCUAGUCCUCCACAACGUGGUGGCAGGUAUGAACCACCUGAGAGAGUACGGGAUCGUCCACCGAGACAUCAAACCAGGAAACAUCAUGCGAGUGAUCGGAGAGGACGGACGGUCCGUCUACAAGCUCACCGACUUCGGAGCCGCCAGAGAGCUGGAGGACGACGAGCAGUUUGUGUCUCUGUACGGCACCGAGGAAUACCUGCACCCCGACAUGUAUGAGCGAGCCGUGCUGAGGAAAGACCACCAGAAGAAGUACGGAGCCACGGUGGACCUGUGGAGCAUCGGGGUCACCUUCUACCACGCCGCCACCGGCAGUCUGCCUUUCAGACCGUUUGAAGGGCCACGCAGGAACAAGGAAGUCAUGUAUAAAAUCAUCACAGAGAAACCGUCCGGAACGAUCUCAGGACACCAGAAGUGUGAGAACGGGAAGAUCGAGUGGACCACUGAGAUGCCUGUUUCAUGCAGUCUGUCCAAGGGUCUCCAAAGCCUCCUGACUCCGGUCCUGGCUAACAUCCUGGAGGCGGAUCAGGAAAAGUGUUGGGGCUUCGAUCAGUUCUUCGCAGAAACAAACGACAUUCUUCACCGAACCAUCGUCAAUGUGUUCAGUCUGCAGCAGGCGACGCUGCACCACGUGUACAUCCACGAGUACAACACGGCGGCGCUGUUCCAGGAACUUCUGUCCCGCCGGACCAGCAUCCCGCUGCACAACCAGGAGCUGCUGUACGAGGGCCGCCGCCUGGUCCUGGACCCGAACCGCCAGGCCCAGAACUUCCCCAAGACCUCCAGAGACAAUCCCAUCAUGCUCGUCAGCCGGGAGUCCGUCGCCACCGUGGGCCUCAUCUUUGAGGACCGUACGUAGACCAACAUGGGGCGCCAGACCAGUAGAUAGAUGUUAGGACAUCAGACCAGUAGAUAGAUGUUAGGACAUGACACCAGUAGCUAGAUGUUAAGACAUGACCAGUAGAUAGAUGUUAAGACAUGACCAGUAGAUAGAUGUUAGGACAUGACCAGUAGAUAGAUGUUAGGACAUGAGACCAGUAGAUGGAUGUUAGGACAUGAGACCAGUAGAUAGAUGUUAGGACAUGAGACCAGUAGAUAGAUGUUAGGACAUGAGACCAGUAGAUAGAUGUUAGGACAUGAGACCAGUAGAUAGAUGUUAGGACAUGACCAGUAAAUAGAUGUUCGGACAUCAGACCAGUAGAUAGAUGUUAGGACAUCAGACCAGUAGAUAGAUGUUAAGAUAUGAAACCAGUAGAUGGAUGUUAAGAUAUGAAACCAGUAGAUAGAUGUUAGGACAUGACCAGUAGAUAGAUGUUAAGAUAUGAAACCAGUAGAUAGAUGUUAAGAUAUGAAACCAGUAGAUAGAUGUUAGGACAUGACCAGUAGAUAGAUGUUAGGACAUGACCAGUAGAUGGAUGUUAGGACAUGACAAGUAGAUAGAUGUUAGGACAUGACCAGUAGAUAGAUGUUAGGACAUGACCAGUAGAU